ACAACAAACACCAAAUCAUGCAAAGGGGUAGAGCUAUUAAGUUCAGUGAACCUUCUUUGGGGUCCUCUUCCAAAGUGAGGUGAAUCCAUUAGCAUCUUCAGUCAGUAACAUUUACAGAUUUCACCUCAAGAUUUCAAUCAAGCAACACUCUCCAUUUGAGCACAAAUUUGAGUAGAGAAAUCCUAGCCGCAUGCACUCGAAUAACCUUGGGACUCAUCUUACCUCCUCAGCUUAGGACCAAUCAAGAUGUAACUACAUCCUGGAUUUGCGAUGUACCAUGCUGAGCAGGGAACUGACUAGAAAGGGACUAACUGAGAAAGGUUCUUGUCCACUUGUGUCUGUACAUUUCCCUUGAAGCAUGGCAUAGAAUACUUCCUAGCCAUGAGUUCCAUUACAGCUAAACAUGCUCUGUGUCCUUGCAGCAUAGCAGCUGCAAUCACUUUCUGACUCAUUAUUGCUGGACAUCUUCAGGGAAAGAGCCAAAUGCAAAGUACCAAAAUCGCUCUAUGGACAUUUUUGUUUGCACUUUGCAAUGAAAAUUCAGAGGUGCUCUUACAUCCAUCCCAAAAAAGUUCAACAUGACUUCCAGGCAAUUCCACUACCAGAACAUACGAGCUGUUACACCACCUGAUCAAGCUUGCCUUAUUGGCAUGGCAAUGGGGAAAAUUGUCUUCAAGGGAAGAGCCAAAUGCAAAGUACCAAAAUCGUCUCAUGCACAUUCUUGUUUGCACUUUACAAUGCAAAAUUCAGAGGUGAUCUUGUUUGCACUUUACAAUGCAAAAUUCAGAGGUGAUCUUACAUCCAUCCAAAAAAAAGUUUACCAUAAAUUCCAGGAAAUUCCACCACCAGAACUGUUACACCACCUGAUCAAGGUUGCCUUAGUGGCAUGGCAAUUGGCAAAUUGCCUUCUAUGUAAACAACACUUUCACUUGCCUACUCUGGUGAGCUGGUCAUAGUUGCCUUUAGAAACAUGACAAUUGGCAAAUGGUGGGACAAAAAUUUAGCACGCAUUCAAACUGUUCUUUUCUAAGCUCGUCUGCACACCCGCACGCAUAGCAUUAAGUUCUGAAAGGUAUCUUUUUUUCCAAAAGAAAAUAUGGAAGGCAUCUCAAACCGCAUUGUCCAUGUCUGCUUGUCCACUAACUUUGACCGGGCUGUAUAUAUACUUCCAUUGCUCACUUGUACUUGUAGUUGCCUGCUGAAUCAAGGCACAUACAUCAAAGAUAUAGAGGCACACUGCCAUCUAUCUAACUCCAAUGCCUAUCCGGCUGCAUACUUUUCUUAGUUCUGCAAGGCAUGUCAGCAAUUCAUCUGUGUUCAUUUUUCAGUUCAUUGCUUUCCAUCUUAGCCCACUUUUGAUUCACUUGUCCUAUUUUGUUAUCGUUGAUGUACUUGGCUUUGCUGCCUUGAUGGCGCUGAAGCCAAGCAACCCUAACUACAGUCCUCGCUAUGUCGAUAUAUUUUUCCUUUCGACAUCUGCAGUCACAGUUACAGGAUUAGCUACAAUCAAAAUGGAGGAUCUUUCUACCUCUCAAGUAGUUAUCCUAACUCUCUUGAUGUUGUUAGGCAGUGAGAUGUUUGUUUCCCUGCUUGGCCAUAUUCAUGAGUUGAGCAAGCAAAACAAGCAUGACCCUGAAGAUAGUAGAGUUAGAUCGGUUACCGUGCAAGAUGAGUCGCAGAUAGAAGAGGCAAUCCCGGUAACACCAUCAACUAAUACCACUAGCCUCAAGAAGGGUUGCCGCAAAUACAUAGGAUUUGUGCUGUUGGCAUACAUGGUCUUGAUUCUUCUUGUAGGUUCUCUAUUGGUGUUCUUGUACGUAGCACAUGUUUCAACUGCAAGAGAUGUGCUAACAAGGAAAAGCAUCAAUACCAUGCUUUUCUCCAUAUCAGUCACUGUCUCUUCUUUCACCAACGGAGGGCUGAUUCCGACGAACGAGAGCAUGGCGGUGUUUUCCUCAAACCAGGGCCUCCUCCUGCUACUCACUGGCCAGAUUCUUGCAGGCAACACGCUGCUUCCUGUGUUUCUGAGGCUGGUGAUAUGGGCACUGAGAGGACUAAGCAUAACCAGAGCUAAACCUGAAGAGUUGGAGUUCAUGAUGAACAACACAAAGGCCUUGGGUUCUAACCACUUGCUGCCUAACAAGCAGACAGUAUUCCUUGCAGCAUCGGUCGCUGCUCUCAUAGCCGUGGCCGUCACGUUUUUCUGCUGCUUGAACUGGGAAUCCGCAGUGUUUGCGGGGCUGACCCCCAAUCAGAAGAUCACCAACGCAUUGUUCAUGGCGGUGAACACAAGGCAGGCAGGGGAGAAUUCCAUCGACUGCUCCCUCGUCGCUCCUGCGGUUUUAAUACUAUGCAUCGCCAUGAUGUGCAUUCCAGCCUCGACAUCAUUUCUCUCACUGCAUGAACAUGCCGAGAGGGGCAUCACAGAACACAAGGAUGGAGCAAACAAGAGAAGACUGUCACUGAAUAAAAUGCUGUUUUCACCGCUAGCCUGCACCGCGGUGCUGAUAAUGCUGGUCUGCAUCACCGAGAGGAGAUCGCUCUCCGCCGACCCUCUCAAUUUCUCCACAUUCAACAUGAUCUUCGAGGUCAUAAGUGCGUACAGGAACGUAGGGCUGUCCACCGGUUACAGUUGCGCGAGGCUGCCGCACCCGGAGAAGCAGAGCGUCUGCCAGGACAUGCCGUACAGCUUCUCCGGGUGGUGGAGCGACCAGGGGAAGGUGGUUCUUGUCCUGGUGAUGCUCUGCGGGAGGCUCAAAUGCUUCCACAGGCAGAGGAGCUAGUCGGUUACGCCAACGCCGUCAAAUUUUCCGGCCAUUUUUCCUCGUUGUGCUCUUCAAUCCUGGUGUAAAUUCGCAAGAAAUUGGUCCUAAAUAAUGCUUCAGUAUGUGCAAUUA